UUUCCCUCUGACUCACGAUUCUCUCAACAUUGAAACGGUGGCUUUGCUCGGAGUUUAACCACACACUUCAUCAUCGUGUUCAUAAAUAAGUGUUUUUAUUACACAGAGAAAACUCAGGAAACAAGAAGCAUCUUAGAAAGUGUCAAUAUCAGCUGAUGUCGACACCAACCUGCUCCCGGGGUUUCACAGUUAAUGCUAAACUGGAUUUGUGGCUUUUCCCAGAUUAGGCAAAAAGCAGAAAUAAAAAGCCCGACCGACAGACGGGAUCAUUGUCCAGGUGGGAAGUGUUUGUGGUUGAGUUUCCUGUUCCCGCAGAAACAUGAAGACUGUGAUGCUCGCUGUGCUGCUGCUGCUGGCCGUCAGUCAGAGUGAAGCCUUGGAGUGUCACUGUGGAGGCCAGAAGUUCUGUUCACGUCCUGUGGAGACGUGCUCCAGCUCCAACGAUGUCUGCUCUACUCUCGUCAUCACUUCUGGGCCGGUGGUAACGCACACAAAGGGCUGCUUGAAGUCGCUGGCCUGCAGGAUCCUGAAUCGUCCGCCCGUGAUGACUGCCAGCUGUUGCAGUUCUGAUCUGUGCAACAGAUAAACCGCUGCCACGCGGGACGUCGCCCGAUUGGUCGACGCUCUGCUGCCGUGUGUUGUGUACUCUAGAGCAAUAAAGAUCAGCUGACUGUA